GAAAGAAGCUAUUGGUGAUUAAGAAGUCUAAAAUAAAAUGGAAUACUUUUAUUUCCUUUUACUCGUUAGUGGAAUUCAGUCAGAAUUGCAGGGAUAUUGUCAACCAUGUGAAUGCUGUAGAACGGAGCGAUGCAUUUCUUUGGACAAUGGUGACAAAUACUGCAUGGACGGUUGCAGAGAUGGUUUUAUUGGAAGGGACUGUGCUAGCAGAUGUGCCUUAAAAAACUGUGCCAGAUGUUUAUAUAACAACACAUGCGAGCAGUGUUUUGACGGCUACAUGUACUCUCACCAAGGGGAUUGCGAAAAGAGUUGUCCGCUUUGUAAAACCUGUACAUGGCCAACUGGGUUUUGUGACAGCUGUGAGCCGGGUUAUUAUCCACGAUAUGAAAGUUGUGAAAAAGACAACAGUGACAGUGAAGGUUGUUUAGUGUUUGGUGACUAUGGUAGAUGUGAUAAAUGUAAACAAGGCCUUUGGGGCGUUAAAUGUUCUUCCAAAUGUUCACCUGGAUGUGUCGAUGGAAUAUGCGAUAUGAACGGAUACUGCAAGUGCGUUGAAACUUAUUUGGGAACACGGUGUGAUUUGUCAUGCAAUAUUGGUUGUAAAGAUGGAAUAUGUAACGAUCGUGGACAAUGUAAAUGCUCUACCGGUUUCUGGGGAGAGACUUGUGAAUACCAAUGCUCUGAAGGAUGUUUAGAUGAAUGUGCACCGGACGGAAGUUGUAAAUGUAAAAGCCAUGUUUUCGGUGAGCGUUGCAUUUACAACUGUACAACUCUUUGCACUAAUGGACAAUGCAAUGACAAUCAAAAUUGCGUUUGUACGAAGGGCUUUUGGGGUACCUUUUGUACAAAAGAAUGUUCGGUUGGUUGUCAAAACAGCAUAUGCGAUCUUCAUGGUAAAUGUGAAUGUAGACAGCAUUUCUGGGGACAAUCGUGCGAUAAAGAAUGUUAUUUUGGGUGUGAGAACAGCUUUUGUAGUUCGAAAGACGGCACAUGCAUAUGCAAACGUGAUUAUUAUGGGGAAAAAUGUGAACAACAGUGCGAAAUCGGAUGUGUUCGGGAUACUUGUAGUAAAAAUGGCAGUUGCCAAUGCAAAUUGGGCUAUUGGGGCAAACAGUGUUCAUUUAUUUGUUCACUUAACUGUUUAACUCCAUCAUGUGACAAAGAUACCGGCUAUUGUCAAUGUAAGCUUGGAUUCUGGGGAGAGUCAUGCCACUCAGUAUGCAAUACAAACUGUAUCGAUAACACUUGUCGGGUUGAUGGGACGUGUUUAUGCAAAGCGGGAAGUUACGGAAAAUACUGUAAUAUGGCCUGCUCAAGUGGCUGCACAAACAGUAUAUGCGAUAUAGAUGGAAAUUGUGAUUGCAAAAUGAAUUACAGCGGCAGAAGAUGUGAAAAACAUUCAUCAGGAUUAAAAGUAGUAUCAAACAUAUGCAAACAAGGGUUCCAGGUGUGA